GGGCCGGGCCGGGUCUGGCGGCACACAUGGAUGACAGCAAGGUGGUCGGAGGCAAAGUAAAGAAACCAGGCAAGCGAGGUCGUAAACCAGCCAAAAUAGACUUGAAGGCAAAGCUUGAAAGAAGUCGUCAGAGUGCAAGGGAGUGCAGAGCCAGGAAGAAGCUGAGGUACCAGUACCUGGAAGAGCUGGUUUCAAGCAGAGAGCGAGCCAUCUGCGCUCUCAGAGAAGAGCUUGAAAUGUACAAGCAGUGGUGCAUGGCGAUGGACCAAGGGAAAAUCCCCUCUGAAAUAAAAGCCCUGCUAACUGGAGAGGAGCAGGGCAAAGCACAGCAGAACUCAGCCAAACUUGCCAAGGCAGUGAAGACAGAAGCAAACAGCAGCAAUCCCUGAAGCCAAUGCAGAACCUUCCGCACUGCAGCAGAGAUAGCUUUGUAGCUAGCAGAAGAAUGCUGUUGUCAGAGAAGUGGAUGCAUCCCUGGGUGCAGGGGGAAGGAUCCCAGUCCGCUGUCUCCUCUUUGCUCCUCCCCACAUGAAACUCUUUGGUGUUCCCAAGCCUGCAUGGAGUGAGGUUUUCGGGGUAAUAGGUGUUUGUGUAAGCGGAACCUUGUUCUUCCUUUCUCUACACCACCCUCCCCAAUAUACAGCUAUGGCAGCUUUUGGGCAUUCCCAAUAAGAGAUGGGGGCUGCUUUUGUGUCAGAGCCCAGAAUUACACUGGCUUUGUGGUCAGUAGUUGGGUGGUUAGUAACCAUUGUGGGAGUCUGAGAGGUUCUGUAAAAUAAAAGCAAGAGGAGGAUCUCAUAACAGCUUCGCUAAAGCUAAAUGGAGUAUUGUAGGCUGAGGAGAAGG